CUUUAAACUCACACAGGAUCUUCUCCAGCCGCAGUAACACAACAACUAAACUGGAAACUCUGGAGGACGUGAUUCUUUUCUGCGCGUCCUGAAGGUGACUGUGUGUAGACAUGCAGCCUACCCUCCAAUGUUUCGGGGUGGGUGUGGUCUUAUUAUCUUUGGCUCCGCCCACCAUGUCAUUCUCCCGCGGUGCGAGCCACGUCUCUUGUCGGGAAAUGAUUCCCGGCCACAUCAGCGCCCAACCCCAGGACCCACAACGCAGCCAUGUCACCCUGCGCACAUCUGCCUCUUCUUACCUGCCGGGACAGUUAGUAACAGUAACCGUCCGAAGCUCUCGGGACUUCAUGGGUUUCCUGCUCCAGGCUCGCAGUGUGGAGGUGCUGCUGGGCGGCUCCUGGACGCUCACUCCCCCUGGAACUCACACCCUGCGCUGCCUCUCGGAGGGUGACACUCUCACACACUCUGACAAACAGCUGAAGAAAAACCUGUCAUUUGUGUGGAAGGCUCCUGACGCACCCAUGGGAGACAUCAAGUUCUACAUCACGGUGGUGCAGUCUUAUUUUGUGUACUGGGCAGGUAUUGACUCUGCCGUGGUGCAUGAUGGGAGUCGUAGUCCUUGGAUUGGGAGUAACAUCACAAAGGUGGAUGAAGAGAAUUCAGAUUUUGUGCUACAGCAAGAUGAAGCUCUGCCAGUCCUCGGAUCCCUUAGAGCAUCAAUCAAAAAAACAAUUGAGAAGGCAAGCCUUCCGACCACCCUAGGACCCCCUACGCCAACAAGCAGUGGAACCCAAGACUACAAAUACCAGGAAAAACUAACAGAAGUCACUCAUUCCGUCUUGGCGAUGAACAGCUCUGGGACUUUGGCAUCAGAUCAGGAGGCCAAUGAAUGGAACAGCCCUGUGACUUUAGGGUCUCUUCAAAAUGCUACCAAAGUCAGUGAGACUGACCCAUAUGCAACUUCAGGAUCCCCCUCAGGUGUGACUGAAGAGGCAGGCGCUGACACAGGAAACCCUUUUACUCAUACAAUAGCAGAGGCUACAGAUAUGGAAGCUGCUACCAAUCUUUUGCCCAACAUCACAGUCCAAAACUCAACCAGUCCUCUCUCCCUGCUGCAGACCCUUGCCUCCCUUCUCCCUCUUAAAGAUGGCAAGAUGCAAAGAAAAGAGGCAAAGAUAAACCUCCAGGAUCCAGAACUGCCAACCAUUCCUGGAACAAAAGACACAACAUUAAAUCCUGAAACCACCACCAAAGCUAUACCAUCACCCACUCAUGGCUUCCAAAACCAAAAUACGCUCAAACCCACAUCUCAACACCCAAGAAAGUUAAUUCAGGACCAAACUAGUUCAGUUAAGUCUGUUACUCAGAGUAGCUCACCACAGCCCUGGAGGACUGCCCUGACUGGGUCCCACUUGAGUCUAAUCAAGGAUGAAAUGGGUAACCAGUCUCUGCCUCAGAAUCUUCACCUCAAACUUUUGCUCCACUACCAAAUGUCUUCAACCAACCCUUUUCACCAGGCAACCUCUCCAUCCAAACCUCCUCUCCAGUCCCAAUCUAGUACAAGUCAGACCUCUCCCCCCUACCAGUCAUUUGCAGCUAAGCUCUUUUCCAAGAUCCAAACCCCUUCACCAAACCUCAUUCAGCCAUCCGAAGCUCCUACCCUUCAGUCCUUUCCCAUCAAACCUGUGAGCAGUUUACCCAAACCUGAGCCUGAAAACAGUCAAUUUGGGCCAAAAGCUAGACCAGGGCAAACCAGUCCACCUCCCUAUCAGCUUGAUACAACUGCACCUCUGAGCAGCCCUCCUCAUCCUAAACCUUUGAGCAGUUAUCCCCAAGCCCUGCUUCAAACUACCCCAACUCAACCUCAGGAGCAAGCUAGCUUUCUCCAAAUGGACCAGUCCCAAACGUGGCCCAUACCCCAUUCCCAAACUGGUGCACCACAGGCGCAGAGCUCUGGGUGGAAGCAAAUGCAAUCUUCAGCAACUCCUGGAUCAAUCAACCCUCUGCCCUUCACAUCAAGGGUUGACCUAACCUUAAUACCAGGUGACAGUGCAGAGGUCAAAGAUUUUCAGUCUCAGGCAAAGAUUGAAACCAUGAGCCCAAUCUUUGCAUCCAUUCCCUCAACAACUCCUUCUUCUUUUGCAGUGUCUGACGGCCUGUCUAGAUUUAAUUCUUUACUCCAUACUUUUCCUGCCUCUUCCUUUGUUCACUCUACCACUCCUCUUUAUUCCUCUGGAGGUUCAACCCUGGUAUCCAUACAAACUUCUGUCACCCAUGUUCCUUUCUCACCUUCCUUCUUUUCAUCCUCCAUGAAGAACCAAGUCAAAACAGCUCCAGCCCUUUCUGCUCUACCUUCUCCCACGCCGAUCUCCAUUCCUCCUCAUUUGCCCUCUGUCCAAUCUUCCUCAACUUCCCCUAGGCCAUCCUCCUUCAACUCUUCUACCAAACCCUCCUCAAACUCCUCCAACUAUCCAUCACCAGCUUCCUUCUUUUCCUUAGUCUCUUUAUCUACUUCUUCCUCUACUCCCAUGGCCUCCUCCCAGUCUAUCACAAGUUCGACCUAUUUGUCACCAUCUUUCACCACCAUCUCUCCAGCACUCUCCUCUUCCUCAUCGGUGUCUUCCAUUUCUUCUCCUUCAUCCCCUCCUUCUUCCUCAUACACCUCUACCUCUACCUCAACAUCUUCAUCCUUCUCACUGGAUUUCACAAACCCGUCUGCCACCUCUUCUUCUAUGGUGUCUUCGCAGUCUACUUCCCCUCUCCCAGGACCCUCUCCAGUUCCCCGUCGCUCUCUCUACAACCCCCUGACAUCGGCCUCCUCCCCUGUGCCUUUCCAACAACUCACCCCUGGUCAGAGGUUGCCCGUCCAGAACCACAUCACAUCUUCUGAUCCUGGGCCUAGCCUCAACCUACCAACAUCAAGACCUGUGGUUCACCCAAACCCUGAACCCCAUCCAAACCUUGACCCAAACUUCGAACUAAAUCUUGGUCACGAGUUAAAACCAAACCUUCCCAACACUGACACUAAUCUCAAACCCAAACGCCCCUCAAAUCCCCCUGCAACUCCAGAUAAGGAGGGGAACUAUCCAGACAUUAUCCCCAGACACAGUGCGUGGGAGCUGGGCAUGCUGCUGGGCUGCUCAGCUGGCUUGGGCAUGGUGCUGGUGGUGGGGGUAAGGUACAUGUACCGCCAGGCCUGUGGCAAACGGACAGAGGUGACGCUGAACGACAGGGAGAGAGAAUAUGGGAGAGGAGAGAGAGGUCUCAUCCAUGUUCAGGAGUGUGGAGAUUUGGUCCGAGUCCGGAGAAUCAGGGAGAACAGUUUUGUGCUGCUGGCAGAGUACGAUAUACUGGCAUCGCCUGGAGACUAAAGACUGCUAACAUAGAUAGCUUUAGAUAUCAAAAUAUAUCCUGAAAUCAGAGCUGCUGGGAGGGAAGACAUAUUCACAACAGGUAAAGUUCCCUUAGUAAUAUUAGAGUCAACUAAAUUAGCAUAGGACUGAAAAAAAAAAGAAAUACACAAAGUUAUUGACAGCUAGUUAGCUUAGCAUGCCUUUACAAUUGAUCCUUAGUCCUCCCCGAGUUUGUCACUGUUGCUACAUCUGAAAAGUCUGACAAAAAGAAACAUGGUGAGACUGGUUUCUCUUAUCCAGGUGCUGCAGUGUUUGCACUGCCAGGUUUGUGUUUCCCUUCUGGGCAUCAGUAAAGUAAAGUUACUCUGUAUUUAUUACUGAUUACAGAGCAUAGUUCUGACCUAAUGUUAGUCCUUCUUUACUUUAGAAAGUUAAGCAAGUUACUUCUGACAACAUGUGUUCAUGUUCAUGAAGUGUUGCUCAAACAAACUUGUGCAGCUAUGUGUCUGUGCCACUCUGCAGUUACACAUCAGCACCAGAGUUUCUGUGAAGUGCUGCAAAGUUCAGUUGAUUCAAAACACACAUUAAACACACAUUAAACAUGACUUAAUAGAGACAGUUUCAAACACAAGUACGCAACUCAGCUUCACUGUAACUCGCAGCAUUCACAGACAAACACUUGUCUUUAUCUGGACACAUUUUCCAAACAAAUACAACAUGCUAACAUUAUUAGCACAAGUCUAUGGCAUUUUACAUUGUGUAAAUUAGCCUAGUGAUGAGCAGUUUUCCUCUGCUCAUAUGAAGCCAGGAUAAAUCACACACAAGUUGUGAUCUAUAUAAACAGACUAGAUGGGAGAAUAUUUGACCCAUGCUUAUAAGCAUUUUGGAGACGGGAAAUUGGCGACGCAGAUGAUGACGUGGAAGCCUGAUUGUGGAAAUUGUUGAAUAUUUUUUGCCGCACAUCAUUUUUGGCUUUUGUCUGAGUGUCCAUUUUAGUAUGGAUCCUACGCAUUGUUUUACAGUUGAGACCCCUGGUGGUGAUUAAAACUAGUAAGAGCUGAGUAAAGCAGUUUCACAUCAGAAAUCGGUGUUUCUGUGACACUGUUCAGCGAGUCGUAGACAGGACGACAGCCUGACACCUGCUAAUAUGUGCUCACAUUUUUUUCUCUGUUAACUUAAGAUCCUGACGUUUUUACUGGGUGUUGAAUUAUCCACAGACAGACCCAGUAAUUUAAACUGGUAAAAACACUGAAAAAACCCAGUUUCAUGUUAAUAAAACCCCCUGUGUUUUAACACUGCUGUUGUGCAGGGGCUGCUGACUUUGGUCGUUAUUGCGAAUACGCGAAUGGCCCUGUCUGGAGCCAGCGUUUGGUUUGUCCGUUCUGAACUACUGCAGAAACAUGGUGGACUCUGUAGACAAGGACCUGCUCCCUAUGUAGAUACAAACAGCUCAUUCUGAAGUAACGGAAACACAACAGUUCUUAUUUUCAGGUGAUUCUACACUAAAAUAAACACACUUAUUAAUAUGACAUAUUCCAUUUCUGCCGAUACAUCCCGCUACAUCCUUUAACCUUUAACACUUUAAGCUGCACAACCAAAGCUCUACAUCAGAAUUACCAGCAUGUAGUUUGUUCCACCCACCUCCACACUGUGGGGUACAUUCAUCACAGCCUUCAGGGGCCAGGAGUUUUAAUCUUGUUUUCCAAACAGCUAACUUGCACAAGAAAGUGUUCUUGGCUAAAUGUUUUUGCCCCUCUAGAGAUUUCUGCCUCAGACAUGUUCAGAGGACUAAAAUCCCAAUCUGCUUCCUGAUAGAAAGUAGGAUAUUUGCAAAGAAAUUUAGGAUGAAACACACCGUUUGGUGGACAGUGUUGUUGUUAGUGACACUGGGGCU